AUGGCGACGGCGCUUUGCCGGGCUGCGCUGGUGGCUUCCACGAAUCGGAAUGCGAAAUGGCUUGCCUUAUCGAAGCUCUUCAACCCUCGCCACUACUCCUCGUCGGCCAAAACGGCGUCAUCGCGUCCCCAGUGCGCGUCUGUGGCGGAGCAGUUCCUGCUCAGCGACGAUGCUCUUUCAGCCCCGACGCCGUUAGAGAUGAUGCCGGAUGUUCUCCGGCCGCGCGUCGUCGUGUACGACGGCGUUUGCCACCUCUGUCACGCCGGAGUGAAGUGGAUCAUUAGAGCCGACAAAGACAGAAAAAUCAAGUUCUGCUGUCUGCAAUCGAAUGCUGCUGAGCCUUACAUGAUUGUUAGUGGGCUGACUAGAGAAGAUGUUCUUCGCCGUUUCUUGUUUGUUGAGGGACCCGGUUCAUACCAUCAAGGAUCUGCUGCUGCUCUGAGGGUUUUGUCAUAUUUGCCCCUGCCCUAUUCCGCAUUGAGUUCCCUGAUGAUUCUUCCGGCUCCUCUGAGGGAUGCCAUUUACGAUUACGUGGCGAAAAAGCGCUAUGACUGGUUUGGAAAGGGAGAUGAUUGCUUGGUGCUGAAGGAGACAGAAUUGCUCGAGCGCUUUAUUGAUUGGGAAGAACUACUUGAGCGCAUUCGGGAAAAGCAAUUAUGA